AUGCUUGGGCGUUCUGCUGGCAUUAUCUUGGGGCCAUCUGUGAUAGGGAACAACAAGCAUUUUAGGGACACCCUAUUUGGAGAAAAAGUACAGUUUCCGGUGUUUGACGUAAUAGCUCAAAUGGGUGUAGUAUACUCUCUGUUCCUAACUGCAGUGAAACUUGACCUGGGCAUGCUCAAAAGGACGGCAAAGACUUCCUGGAAGAUUUUUCUAGCAAGCCUCCUUUGUCCUACAGUAGUCUUCUUCAGCUUCGUUUACCCACUAGCCGGCGCAGUUCCUGGAUUCAGUGGAGGAAAAGUCAUGCUCUUCUGGACUACGAGUUCUUUAUCUUUCACUUAUUUCCCAGUCAUAGCUCAAGCAUUGGAUGAACUCAACCUUUUGACUUCAGAGUUGGGCCAACUUGCCUUGUCUGCCUCAAUGCUCAACGAUGCACUGCAAUGGUUCUUAACAGCAUUGAACGUUGUAGUUAUGCAAGAAAAAGUAAUAUAUUCAAAUGGGAUUAUCUUUUCCUUAUUUGCGUGGGUAAUUUUCACUUUGUAUGUUGCACGCCCACUUAUGCUAUUUACAGUUAAGAAUACGCCAGAAGGAUACCAGCCGAAGGAAAUUUAUGUAGUUGCAAUACAACUUGGAGUUCUAUUCAUGGCCUUUAUGUCUGACGCCAUAGGCAUGAGCCAUAUGGCUGGUCCUAUAAUCCUGGGGUUGGCCGUACCAGAUGGACAACUUGGUGCAACAUUAAUAGCCAAGACCGAAUACUUGGUCUCCGAAGUCUUUCUGCCACUGUUCUUUUUCCGAAUUGGCACCAGCAUAGAUAUGUACAAGAUUAGCCGUUGGGUGAGUUUUACCAAACUUCAGGCUAUCAUUACAGCGUUUUAUGCUGCAAAGACUAUGGGAAUUACAAUGGCUGGAUUAUUUUCCAAAAUUAGCUUCAAAAACAGUCUCGUACUCAGCAUGAUGAUGAAUAUCAAGGGUAUACUGGAGCUUAUUCUUUAUAAUGGAUGGUUGUCCAUGAAGCUUAUAGAUGAACAAUUUUUUGCCCAAAUGGUGUUCUCUCUGCUGGCGAUGACCAUGCUUGUAACCCCAAUGAUACGAUUCUCGUACAUUCCUCCUAUUUGGGUUGGAUCAAAAACCAAUGGUCCACAGGUCAAACACAUUCAAUCAAUGGCAAGUAAGUCUGAAACAUUUCGCAUUCUCUGCUGUGUCCACAACGAAGAAAGUGUCCACAGCAUCAUUACACUCCUGGAAGCCUCAAAUCCAACAGAAGCGAGCCCCGUCACUGCCUAUGUUGUCCACGCACUCCACUACAUUGGCCGUGCUGCACCAGUACUAGUCCCUUACAAGAAGCAUAAAAAAAAAUUUAAGCGGUCAGAUACAGCAAGUGAUCAAAUCGUUCAAGCCUUUGAGAAUUACUCAAAAAACUCUGGAGGACCAGUCUCAAUUCAAGCCUACACUAUGGUCAAUCCCUACAAAUACAUGCACCAGACCAUUUUCCGUCUCGCUCAGGACCAGCUAGUACCUCUGAUCAUCAUUCCAUUCCAUGAAAAUCACCAGUCUCUUGUUGACUCCAAUAUGACUGGUCCGAUACGCCAAUUCAACCUUAAUGUUCAGGCAUAUUCUCCAUGCACAGUGGGAAUACUAGUUGAUAGAGGCUCGCAUUCUCGGAUGAGCUUUUCGAGUUUCUUCUACAACAUUGCUGUUUUUUUCAUUGGCGGACCAGAUGACCGCGAGGCAUUAGCCUACACUUCACGCAUGUGUGACAACCCAGAAUUGGAACUCACGGUGUUCAGGAUAAUUGUGCGAAUCAAUAAAUCAAAAUGUAUAGAAGAGGAGACAGAGUUCAAGCUUGACGAGUCAUUGGUUCAGGAGUUUAAGCUACGGAACCUUGGGAAUGAUCGAUUGAAUUGGCAUGACAUCGAGGUGGAUGACUGGGUACAGGUUAUGACUGCCAUUAGUAGCUCGCAAGGACACUAUGACCUUGUGAUGGUUGGGAAGCGACAUUCAGAUAUAUCUUUGAGGGAUGAAGAAAUGGUAGAGUUCGUGCAAAAUUCAGAGCUGGGAGUGAUUGGCGACAUGCUUGCUUCAUCAGAUUUCUGUGGUGGAACAGUGAAUGUGUUAGUGAUGCAGGAGAGUAGGGACUUGGGAAUUGGAGCUUUUCGUUGUGACUCCUUGAAAAGUUAAGAAAGUAAACUUAGGUUUAGUGCAUGAUCGAAGUUUUUUCAUCCUUCUUUCCUUUUGCCGUAGAGAUCUUGUUUUCUUAGAAAGUAGUCACCAUGUGUUGUCCCUUCUAGCUCCUAGUUCGUGUAGAAGAUUGUGAACUUUUUAAGUUUGA